AUGGCCGCUUCAACACAACAGGCUCACGGGAGGCAAUCGCUGUGCCUGGCGAGUGAAAAGCCCGGCCUUGCUGUUCACCACGGUGACACGGCCUUUCCGUCGCUGGUCAGCAAUCACUUUGAUAACCAAGAAAACGACGCGGCCGAGCGGCUGGUCGCUUUAAAAAGAACACUACGGACGACUGGGACAACAUUGACAUGGGAGAAGUUUCUGGAGGAGCUGGCCGGGUUCGGCCAUGCCCAGUGCGCCUUUGUCGUCCGGCGCUUAUGUCCCAUAGGCGAAAACGACGACGAGGAGGAAGAAGAAGAAGAAGAAGAGAUGGGCGAUGACUGCCAGGACCUGGCCAUGGCUUGCUAUUACGACGACGGACGCGGAAAGAAGGGCUGGCUCCGAGAUCACACAUACUCUGCUACCAACACCCCCUGUGAUCAGAUGAAACACGGCAAAGUGUUUUUGAUUCCCGGUCAUCUGCAGUCCUGCGCCGUGUCUGACUGUUUCCCCUUCGCUGCCGACGCCUACAUCGCAACCCCACUGUGGUCCGGAAACCGGAAUGUCGGGCACUUUGGGAUGGUGUGGUCGGAUGAAGGCCUGAGGCAAAGGUCACUAUCCUGGUCAUAUAUAGAGAUGCUUUUGCAUUCUCUCGAGGACAUGGUGGCCCAGCGUGUCCUAGAUGACAACGUAUCGUCUCCCAAAACAGAAAACCAACUUCCACUACCCACCCCGACUUUUCCAAAACCACAACCAGCGACCGCCCCCUCGUCACCUAUAUUCGCCCACCCUUUGAAGCCUUUCGCCCCAAGCUUGUCUCACGAGCUACGGACCCCAAUGCAAGGUGUGGUCGGCAUGCUCGAUGUCAUGCAUGCCAACGUCCAAGAGGCAAUUGAUGAGGGAACCAUGAGCAAGGCGUCUCUCCUCCUGCAAGACCUAAGGGGAAACAUCGAGCUGGUUCAAGACAGUGCCCGGCGUGCUGUCGAAGCAGCAGACAAUGUGGUACACGCUUACGAUCUCAACAUGGAGGUUCCGGAAACUCCCCACAAAGAGGUUUAUACCAGCAUCAUGGGCGAUCCUCUACAUGCCGAAUCUAUGCCCUAUUCAGAAACAAAACUACCCCCUAACCCCUACAAACGCCGUCGAAGCUUCUCCGUUGAAUGGUCGAAGCAUGGCCGCGCUCCCAAGCGCUCUGCCAGGCGGAACGCUUCCCACGGAGACCUGUCACCGCGUAGCGAGGUCAAGAACGCGAUUCAUGAAAGCGACAAGAUUGUCUAUUCUCCGACAAAACACCGCAUCGAAGAGGUCGUCGUCAAUGCCGUUUCUCAAAGACCGUCGCUAGCUGCCCGUCGUAUGGCUCCGCAAAUGCUUCUCGAAGGUGUCCCAUCUACCGCCGUCCGUCACACAAAGAUACGCGAGCUUCUACAUCUAGUCAUCAACGAAUCUUUACAUAUUGGCAAGCGGCCCGAAUCGACUAGAAGCGAGAAAACGUCGUUGGGUGAACGCAUCGAUGUCCAUGCACUAGCACCAAACGGCGAAACAUGUGUGAAGAAUAUUGAGUGGUCUGUAGACGCAAAUGUGCCCGAGACCCUGUUUGUUGACGAACGGGAUCUGGCCAAACUGAUCUCAUGUGUCUUUCUGAAUGCUGUCAAAUUCACCGAACGUGGGGGGAUUGGUGUGUCAGCCACGUUAAGCAGCAAGGCUCCUCAGCACAUCCGCCUCAACAUUCGCGAUACCGGCACUGGAAUUCCAGAGGAGUUUUUCCCUAACCUGUUCAAGCCAUUUUCGCGAGAGGACGACUCGACCACGCGAACAAGAGACGGAUUAGGACUUGGACUACUGGUCGCCAAAGGCCUCGCCAGGAAAAUGGGAGGAGACCUCCUUUGUGUUCAUUCGUCUACUUCUGGCCCUGAACGAGGGUCAGAAUUCGAAAUCCGGAUCCCUGUUAGUCCAAGUGGAACAUUGAGUCGGCCAAGCACUCCUCAGUCUAUCUCUACACCAAUUCUACCCACGCCUUUACCCACUGACCAACCUUCUAAUUUCAACUCUCCUGCCCCGCCUUUGGUAGAUGAAUCCGGGUCAAUAGAUCCAGCUGACGACCUUGGCAUUGCUCUUCCAGCGGCUGGCAUGGCUGAUCCAGCGAGCAACGCGAUUCCCCAUUCAGUGCCAACAAGGUUGGAUGAUGUUGUUCCAUCUCGACCCUUUCUACGCCCUAUUCUUCCCCUCUCACCUUCGAAUGCGAUCAGCAAACCUCAGAGCAAGCUAAAAAGACCUUCCCUUGUACAGGAAAACCCUCUUACAUUCCUUGUCGCAGAAGACAACCAAAUCAACCGGAAAAUUUUGGUGAAUAUGCUACGGAAACUGGGAUAUCGCGACAUAUACGAGGCGUAUGACGGACAGCAGGCUGUUCAUAUCAUGGAGAAACAGCUCCUUUCUUCAUAUCCUUUACCGUCACCGGAAUCGUCGCCGUCAUUGCAAGGAAGCGACAGCGGCGUUGAUAGCCCGCCUUCCUCGGACAGCAACAACGACGACACCAACGAUAAGAAAAGAACGAAGCCGAUCGAUGUCGUCUUGAUGGAUCUCUGGAUGCCAGUGAUGGAUGGCUACGAGGCGACAUCUCAGAUCUUCCAGCUGGUCAACGAACACUGCAAUCGACUUAGUCCGCCUGUCAAUCGUAAACAGGGCAGCCCGGUGGGAGACAGCGGGCCACCCUCGUAUUGGGAAAGCCACGAAGAAACCGAACAUUUUUCGUCCUCUUCCUCCUCCUCUUCGCCAUCAUCUGUGUCAGCAUCGGAUAUCUCGCCCAAGGUUCUGGCAGUCAGUGCCGACGUGACGGACGAAGCUUUGAACCGAGCUUCGCAAGUCGGUAUCCAGGGGUACAUGAUGAAACCGUACAAACUGGCCGAUUUGGAAAGACUGAUUGCCGAUUGUUGCAUAUCUGACUUUGUAUAG